GUUUCUUUCGAACCGGAUGCUUUUAUUUCCUUUCUUAUUUAUUAUUCUAACCGUGUGCCUUCCUCUGCAGAAGAAGCCAAGAAAAUGCUGCCCACCGAGAAGACACCGGCUAGGUCGGCUGCCGACAUCCGGAAAGCCAAUCUCGAGAAAAAACUUGCUGCCCAUGCGGCGAGGAAGGUAUAACCGUCUGAUCCUUCUCGUUUAUUUCAAUCCUUUUAUCCCAUAACUUAUAUUUUUCUCGUUUACAGGACGGGAAGCAGAUGCCCCGGUCCCUUCAAAAACAGGUCAGGCCUCCGCCGACCCAACAAGAGUUUGCAUCCAAGGUGCAGAAGACAGCCGACCGGCAAACUACCGGCGGCAAAUCAAUAAAGGUCCCAGGCGGGCCUGGAUCUGCGGAUGUGCUUUCUGCCAUCCCAUUGAGGACCGCAACCGGUCCCUCUGAAGGCCGUUCGGGCCGCCAAGAUAAUUCUCCCCGCUGGCCGGACGGGGCACAAUAUGCCCGGGCCAUGCUGAAAGCCGUCCCCAGGGACGAGAAGGAGGCGAUCCCUGGGAUCAACUCCUUUAAUGCCGAACGGGUGUUGGUCGACCUGGCCGACGUAUGCUCCAACAACCAUGCGGUAAUUUUCUUGACGUGCAUUUUUAAAUAUGCAGUAUUAACCGGCUGUAUUUUUGCAGGCUAUGCUGCGCGUAGAGGGGCUCAAACGAGCUUAUACCCGCAAGUCUGAAGAGGUAAGG